AUGGCUGUAAGCUUCGAUCUCUCUCCAUCUUCCACCAUACCAGUUAACCCGAAACCGUUCUUGAACAAUUUGACCGGCAAGACGGUUAUUGUUAAGCUCAAAUGGGGAAUGGAAUACAAAGGUUUCCUUGCCUCUGUUGACUCCUACAUGAACUUGCAGCUGGGAAACACCGAGGAAUACAUCGACGGGCAAUUAACGGGAAACCUUGGUGAGAUCUUGAUCAGAUGCAACAACGUUUUGUAUGUCCGAGGGGUGCCAGAAGAUGAAGAACUUGCAGACGCUGAACAAGACUAA